CCACAACAAUUUGAGGAGCAUCCGGUACAGAUGGAUGAGGUCUCUCAAGGACGCUCUCUCCACCAGAGCAUGAAUGAGAGUAUGGAGAAUAACCUCUUGCUGGAAAAGAUCCAAGAAGGAAUUCUUCCUGAUGUAGCUUUUGGACAAGUGUUGGAAGAAUUCAAGAUUACUUCAGAACAACAUGCACAAAACUUGCAGAAUAGCGUCUUAUCUUUGAAGCACAAGACUGAUUAUAUAAGAAGUGAUCUCUCUUCGAUGCAGACUCUCUUUGAUUCAGCUAGAUCAAUAGUUAGGAAUAAGAGCAAAAUGAGGGAUAACAGCAGCGGACAGACCUCUUCUUCAUAUUCCCGCUCAAGAUAUAAUCCUUCUAAUUCAAAAUAUACUCCAACAGCAUUUGAUAUGAAACUAGCACAAUAUAAGAAAAAUGCUGAAGAGAGAAAAUCCCAGACGAGGUCUGGGUCUAGCUAUGGAGCUGGAAGCACUACUGACAACAGGAGUUUCUCUGCUUUAAAGGAGAAAAUGAAGUCUCUCGAAGUAUCAUUUAACAACAUAUGCCUAGCAUUUCAACAACGAGAGCAAGAAUUUGAAGGUCUGAAGGAAAUUAUUGAAGACAACGAAAAUGAUCAGUUCUCCUUUAUCUAUAUGUCAGAUGAAGCUCUUAAGCUUAUUAAAGAUAUGAUCAAUAAUGGAGAAGAGCAUCCAAAACCAUUAUUCCAGGACUCUAAAAUCAUGGGAAAGAGAGGAGGACCUCACUCAGGAUCUUUCUAUUCUGAAGAAAUUUCUGGAAAACAUCAAAUGAGAGAAUUCUCUCCUGACGGUACUUCAUUUGAUGCCAUCAAAAUGCAAGACCUUCAAAGGACAAACGAACUUUUGCUAAAAGAGCUCAGAGCUGCAAAUGAUAAAUACUUCAACGAAAGGCUUGAAGGCAAAAAGUUGAGAGAGGAACUUAGCAACCUACAGAAGGAGAUCAAUACCUUGAAAAGCAGGAAAUCUCCCAACCGUGUGACAUCAGUAAAGAGAGACCUCAAAGAGAUCACCUCUGAAAAUCAGAAUUUGAAGGAUAAAAUCUCGAAGCUGGAGCAAGAAUGCAAUACUUUGACCUACUACAGAGAGAAUAUGCUAUCCAGUGGGAAUAAUGCAUUCAGCUUGGACAAUUUUGAUCCUGAUAUCAGAAGAGCUAACCAAGAGUCUGACUUAUUAAGGAAUAAGCUUGAGUCAACAACGAUACAUGUUAAACGGUUCCUUUUAGCGAUGAAAAGGCUUCAGAGAGGAAUCAAAAACAAAGAUCCCAACAAUAAGUCACUCAAGAUAGAAUUUGAGAGGUGCAAGAAGGAACUGGAAGAUUGGUGCAGAAGCUUAAAGGAAGAGUUUAAUAGCAACAGAUCUCAAUCUAGAAGUAAAGAAAGAUCUCAUUCCCCUGCUGGUACUUAUUCAAACUCAAGGAUUUAUUCCUCGAAUAGUAGAACACCUACUAAGAAUAAAGGAUUGAAGAGCAAAUCUAGAGGGAAAAAUACUUCAAAGAGUAAGCCUGGACAUAAGAGUGCUGCUGGUACACAGAAUGUAUCCAAAACAUUUGCAAGCUUAAUUCAAAAUCCCAACAGAGAAGAGCUAGAUAUCUCUGAUGACAAGACCAGACAUGGUAUGAGACAACCAGACUUCAACCAAAGAGAUAUUAAGAUGUUUAGCCCUGAUCACAGACCCGAGAUGAAUGCUGCCCAAACUGCAAAAUCUCAGGAUCUUUCAAGAACAACAUUUGGAAUGAAACCUUCUCAUAAACAAGAAAAUUCUGAUGAAACUGUAAAUAUCACCAAAGUCCAGUAUGAAUCUCUCAAGGUAGCCUUAGUACAAAUGGUUGAGGGAAAAGAAAAUGAAUUGAAGACCAGACUAAAUACCAUUACAGAUGACUUGAACUCCAAAACCAUAUCUCUCAACAAAAUGAAACGCUCUCUUAUAGAUAAACUAAAAGAGCUCGACAACUCUUUAGCAGAGACAAACAGAGAAUAUCAGAGGUCUCUUGAGAUGGAAUCUGCUCUUGAGAAUUCUCAUGAAGAGAGAGGCCAGUCACAAAUCUCUGAACUCCUUGAUCAAAAACGAAAGCUUGAAGAUCUUCUUGAUAAAUCCAUACAAAAUGAGGAAUCCAAAAUUCGUGAAAUCCAAGACCUCAAUCUAGAAUUGAAGAAGUGCAAAAGAGAUUGUGAAGCAUCAGAAAAGAGCUACAAAGAUAUUCUCUCUAAACAAAAAGCUACAGAGUUAGAAAACGAAAUGAAGAAUUACGAAGUAAAAGAGCUAAAUAAAGCUCAUCAAGACCAGCUCAAAAAGAUCACAGAUCUAGAACAGAGUAUCAUUUCUAAGCAAGAGGAGUUCAAUAAGGAAUUAUUCGAAACUCAGAAGAAACUCCAGGCUGAGAAACUCAAGAUCCAGGAUCUAGAGUCUCAGAAACUGAACACUGAGAAAGAACUGAAGGAAACAAUGCGUCAGAAAGAAAAUGAGCUCACUCUCAGGACUUCACUUAUAGAAGACCAUAAGAAGAAAGAGAAAGAACUCAUGGAGGAGAUUAGUGAGCUUAAGAUUCAAAAUAAAUCUCUGAGUAUCUCUAGCAUCAACACACAGCUCGUCGAACAAGUUGAAGCAACCUCAAGAGGGAUAGACUUUUCCAAAACUCUUGCUGAUGACGGAACUGGAGAGGAAUACUCAGCCGAUAAAGAAAGAGACAAGAUACUCCUGGAUCUACUCAAAACUGAUCCUAAGGCAGGCACUGAAGAAUUAUGGAAGAAAUACAAAGCUUCUGUAAAGGAACUUAGAAUUCUGCAGAAAGCCAAAGCCAAACUUGAUGACAACUUUGAUGAAAUGAAGGAAGAUCUAGAAAACUUUAAGCAAGUUGAAAGAGAGUCCCUGGAGAAAAAUAUUCAAGAUCAGGUAAAACUUGUGACAUUGGAGCAGGAAAAUGCUAAGCUGACUAAAGCCUUAGAAGCUCUAAAGGACAACAAACCAAUUGAACAAAAUUCUGAAGAUAAAGCUGAAAUCCAGAAACUUCAUAAUGAAAUUGAAAAACUCCAAAAGCGAUGCAAUGACACGAGUGAUCUCCACAGAAAUCUCAAACAGAAAGAGAAGAAGCUUGAGAACACAAACAAAGAACUCAGACAUGAAAUGCAGGAGUUCAGAAAGAAGAAUUUCGCUACUGAAAAUGAAUUUGAUCAGUACAAACAAAAAGCUGAAAAUGAUAUUUCAAGACUUGAGUUCCAGCUCAGCCAAGCCGAAGAGGAAAAGACCGAUAGCAAGAAAUCAGCUGAUUCUAUACAAAAGAAAUGAGACUCCAUGCAUGAAACUAUCAUGAAGAAGCAAGCCAAAAUUGAUGAGCUUGAAAAGAACCUCAAGGAAGCUGAACUUAACAUCCAAGCUUUACAAGAAGACCAAGAGAAUUUAGAUGCUGAAUUACAGAAAGUUCAACAAGAGCUAGAAGAUAAAGAAAAAGAAAUAGCCCAAGUCCAAGAUUCUCAAGGUCAAAAUUCUGAAGAGAUCCAACAACUUGAAGAGCUUCUGGAAGAGACUGAGAAAGAAAAUACAGAGAAAAUAGAGCAAAUCGAAAAUACUCACAAAUCCGAAAUGGAUAAACUUGUAGAAGAAUAUGAGGACAAGAUUAAACAAGUCAAGGAAGAAUUUGAAACUCAACUAGCUGGUACUAGUGACCAAGAGAAAGCCCUUGCAGAGAAAAUCAAGAUUAUUACCUCCAAAGACGAGGAGAUACAAGAUCUCAUGGCUCAAAUAUCUUCUUUAGAAUCAGACAAAGAACAACUAGAGAGCGAAGUCCAAGAGCUCCAGGACCAAAUCAAGUUAUCUGACAAGCAAUCCCAAGAACUUGAAGCUCAAAAAGAAGAUUAUAAACAAAAAGUUCAAACUCUUGAAGAGAACAAUGCUAAAAAUGAAACUGAAAUUGAUCAACUAGUAUCCCUCCAUGAAGAGCUAGAGACCGACCUACAAGAGUCUAAGGAUAGAAUUGUAGAAUUCGAAGAUAUCAUCCAAGGCAUGAAGGAAGAAAUAGACAAGGCUAAGGCUGAUAUUUCUCAAAAAGAGUCUGACCUUCAGAAUAAACAAGAUGAAAUAGAUACAAUCCAAGUAGAGUUACAAACAGCUCAAGAUCAAUUAAAAACAAACCAAGAUAAAUUGCAAGAAAAUGAGCAGGAGUUACUAAACAAACAGGAAGAAUGACAAGCUGUGCAAGAGAAAUUAGAAGAAAUACAAACCCAAGCGGAAGAAAAGGAGGCCGAAAAAGCUCAAAAAGUAGCAGACUUAGAAAAUAAAGAAUCUGACUUAGCCAAGAAAGACGAAGAUAUCAGGAAUAAGGCUACUGAGAUAGAAGACUUAACAGCUCAGGUUGAGGACUUAGAAGGACAAAUAACUGUGCUAAAUACAAUUGUAUCUGAGAAGGAUUCAGAAAUUAGUUCAUUAACUUCUCAGAUCACUGCAAAGGAAGAGGAAAUUGAUGGUUUAAAACAAAAUCAUUCUGAAUCAAAUGAUGCCUUGUCUAGCACCAAGAAAUCUCUUGAAUCAUUAGAGGCUGAAAUUCAAUCGUUAAAAUCAGAGAAUAAGGAUCUUAGGACCGAAUUAGAUAAGGUUCCUGCUCUUGAGAAUGAAAUUGAAAAACUAAAGCAAGAGAUAUCUGCUGAGCAAGAGAAAGCAUCUGAAGCAUCUUCGCUCCAAGAAACCAUUGAAAGACUAGAAAAAGAUGUUGAAAGACACAAAGAGUUCCGCUCAAGUGCUGAGAAAGCAUCAAAUCAAGCUAAGAUUGAGCUUAAAGAUCUGACUGUAAACCUCUCAGCAGCUGAGAAGUCUUUAUCAGCUGCUAAAGUGACUAUUUCUACCCUAGAGGCUAAUAAAGAAGAGUUGAUUUCUGAAAUAGAGUCUUUAAAAGACCAGCAAAAGUUAAAUGAAACUGAAAUUGCUUCUAAAUCUACAGAAAUAUCCUCAUUAGGGCAGAUUGUCAUCAAGCAUGAAGAUAAGAUCAAGAAGUACUCAGAGGAGAUAGCCACUAGGGAUAAUGAAAUUCAUACCUUAAAGGAUGAAAUUGAGAGUCUUAAUAAAGACAUUGAAGAAUUUGAAGGUCACAACGCUCUCACAAUAGAACACUACCAGCAAAAUGAGGAAAAGACCAAACAAGAAUUAGAUGAUCUUAAACUCCAGCAUGCUGAAGAGAUCAAGACUCUCAAGGCUUCCAUUGGAGAAAUCAAGACUAAACACAGUGAAGAAAUCCAGUCCGUCCAUAAAGAGAAGGAAGAGAAGAUCCAGAUCCUUGAAACAGAACAUUCCGUAGGUCUUGAGAGCAUAAAAGAAUCCUAUAAUGUAAAAAUCAAAGAGAUCGUCGAAGAGCAAGAGGCCUCUAAGACCAGCUUAGUCACUUCCCUUAAGGAAGAAGCCCAGAAUAAAGAUGGCGAUAUGGAGAAAUACGUGAUCGAUCUUAAAACAAGCCACGAAGAGGCUGUUUCAAAACUAAAGAAAGAUCACACUGAAAGUAUCGAGAAGCUCCAAAAUGAGAUCCAGGAAUUAAACACAUCCAUUAUAAUUCUAAAGAAGCAAAAUGCUUUGGGAGAACAGAUUAAAGAGAAGAUCAGAAAGAGAGCUAAGCAAUACCAACAAGAAGAUGAAGAAGAACUUGCUGAAAUGGAGAAAAAACUCCAACAAAAAGAAAACGAAGCCAAUGGAAUGAAGACACAACUUGGACAGAUGGCUGAUAAAGCCAUGCAGAUGAAGAGUCAGAUGGAAGAUAUGAAGACUCAGAUUGAGGAACUUGAGGUGGAUAAUGAAGCAAAGAGGUUAGAAAUAGAGGAAAUAAAGAAGGAAAUUCAGCAGAAAGAGAAAGAAGUUGUGAUAAAGAAUACUGAGGUUCAGGAAAAGGAUCAGGAUAUUCAAGAUAAAGUAGAAGAAAUUGAGAAGCUACAGAAUGAGGUUGAGGAAAAAUUAAAUGAAAUUGAAACAAUGAAGAAGGAUUAUAAACAGCUUUUAGAGAAGAAAGAACAACUUCAUAAUACAGAACAAGAAUUAGAACUAAUAAAAGAAGAACUUGAGACUACUAAAAAUGAACUUGAAACUACUAAAGAAGAACUUGAGACUACUCAAAAAGACCUUGAAACCACAAAAUCUACCCUAUCUAGCACCCAAGAAUCUCUCACCUCCACUUCUGCCUCUCUCAAAUCCCUUGAGUCCCAACUAGCUUCUUCCCAAGAGACCUUCUCCACCAGCCAGGCGCUUCAGAGCGCUGCUGCUGCUGAAGCAGAAGCUCUUCAGAAGAAGCUUGCUUCUUCUGAAGAGGACCUUGAGCAGCACAAGAAGACAAUCGGAGAUCUAGAAGAGAAGCUGGAGAAUUCCGAAGAAAAAUACAAGGUCAAGGAACAAGAGUUAAAGGAGACGAAGAAAUUAUAUGAAGAAGUCAAGGGUAAAUAUGAAGAAGUCAAAGAUGAUUAUGAGAAAAUGAACGAGGAAUUUGUGAUUAUUAAGGAACAGAAGGAAUUAGCCGAGAGCUGAUUGGAAGAGUCGAAGAUUGAGCUAAAGAAAACACAAGGAGAACUUGAAAAUACUAAUUCGCAAUUGAAAGAUAUAAAAGAAGAGCUUUCAGAAAGGGAUAAAGAAGUAGAGACUAUUAGUGCUUCUUUACAAUCUGCUAGAGAAGAGUUAACUAAAACAUCUGAUAUUCUCAAGAGUACCACAUCAGAAAACCUCCAAAAUUCUGAGCUUGCAAAUUGCUUCCAAAAGGAGAUAGAUGAAAUGGAAGAGCAAAUUACUUCUCUUGAAGAGAAUCUUUCCAACGUAGAGAAGGAGAGAGAUGAUCUUAAACGUACAUCAGAAGAAUCUCAGACUUCAUUAACUACCUUGAAAAAAGAUUGCUCAGAAAUGAAGAAGCAAAAUGUUAACUUGACGAAUGAAGUAGAGACUCUUAACACAAAGAUUUCUUCAAAGAAUUCUCAAAUUAUCGAACUAGAGGAAAACAUUGCUGAGCAUCUUGAAAAGAUCCAUUCCUUGAAUACCCAAAUUGAUGAGAUAAAGACUCAGAAAUUCCAAGCUGGUCUGACCGAGAUGAAUUCCCAAAUCGAAGAGAAGGAGAUGAUCAUUGAACAGAAGAAAACAGAGAUUGAAGAAUACAAACACUCAUUGAAUGAGAAAAUCGAGAAAGUUUCUGAAUUAGAGUCGGCUAUGAGCCAAGUCCCUCUUCUCGAGUCCAAUGUAGAGUCUCUCACUCAGGAACUUAAAACAUGCCAGGAGGAUUAUAAAUCUAGUGUCACUGAAAAAGAGGCUCUCCAGAAGCAAAAAGAUGAGCUCUCAAGUGAAAUUGACAGGUUGAAUCAGAAGCUUAACAUUGAAGUAGAAGGGAGGAGCAUGAAGCAGAAGAACUAUGACAGCCUUCAGAAUGAUAUUGAUAAUUUGAACAAGGUAAUCCAGGGCUACAAGCAAUCUCUCUCUGAUGCUAGGGAGGAGAAAGAAGCAGCAGAAGAGAGAUAUAAAAUCCUUAAUGAAGAUGUUGAAAAGAAGAGCCAAAAGAGCAGCCUUAAUACUGAAAGAAUGAGAGAGGAAUGCAACGAGUACAAAGAAACAGCCAGGGUAUUAGAAUCUAAAAAUUCUCAAUUAGAAACAGAUAUCUCUGCUUCUAAAGAAAAUGCAGCUGAAUUAACCAAGAAAGUUAAUGACUUAGAGGCUACCAAGAAGGAUUUGGAGAAAACUAUUGAUUCUCUUAAAGAAGAUAAGCAUAAAGUCCAAGAAUCAGUGAUGCAAGAGAAAGAGAAUCAUCUGAAACUACGAGAAGAGCUAGAAGAGAAGAAGACACAACUCAUCAAACAAAAAGAUACUGUCAUUGACUCACUGAAUGAUAAAAUUGAUGAGUUAAAAGAUGAACUGAGAGAGAACCAGAAAUUGGCAGAGAAGAUCAACUCCUUACAGGAGUUAUUAGACUCCGUUCCUGACAUUGAAGAAACAGAUAUGCUUAAGAAAUUGAAGGUUCUAGUAACAGAAUACCAAGAACAGAAGGAAGCAGUAGAACGUCUUGAAGAAGUAGAGAAUCAACUCAGCAAUGAAAUCACAUCAAGUGAGAAUAAAGAUAGAAAAUACAGAGGAGAAAUCAUGAGAGCAGAGCAAGAGAGAGACAGCGCAUUUGAUGAGAAAGAAGAGCUUGAGAAAGAAUUUCAGGAAGUCAAAACUUCACUAGAGACACAAUUGAAGGACCUUAAUGACCAGAAAGAAAACUGGGAGCUUGAAUUAAAAACCCUUCAGGACCAAAUCAAACUUAUGGAAGAGAAUAAUGAGAAACAAGAAACAGUGAUUGCUCAGCUUAAAUCCCAGACCAGUGAUGUAGAAUCAAAGGAAGAAAUUGAGAAAAUAAAGGAAGAUUUUGUUAACAAAUCUCUAUUGGCUGACCAACUUCAGCUGAAUCUCUCGAAUAUAGAGAAAGAGAAGGGUGAAAUCAGUGAGAGACUUAACAAGACUUUAGAAGAAUACAAGACUGCCAGCAAGGCAAAUACUGAACUCCAGACUGCGCUUGUGAAAGCAGGUGAUACUGGUAAACUUCAGGAACAACUUGAAGCCCUGAAAGCUGAAAUGAAGGAGAAUACUGAAGGUAUCAAGGGUACCUUGAAGACCUACCUGUCUAACACUCCUAGGACCAACAGUGAGAAUGAGAGUGUCCUCCUGGUAGUCUACUCUAUGCUUGGGUUCAGCACUUAUGAAAUUAAUGAGCUUGACAAAGUCAGAAAGAAUAAAUUUGGAACUGGGGAGAAAGCAAAAUCUGGAAAAGGGCUUUUCGGAAUGUUUGGAAAGAAAUAA